GGCACCAUCCUUUCCCUUUUCCAGCCACUUCUAGCACUUGUACCCGCGCAGACUGCACGCCCUGAGUGCUGCUGGAAAGACCCGGGGAGCUCUCGUCCGCAUAGCCUGAUUUGCAAAGAGGCGAGAAGUGAGAGGGGGCGAGACCUUCGAGCGGGGUGGGUUGCAAAAGCAGGACCAUGUGUGCAGAGUUGGUAGGGAAAUUAGUUACUGUGGCGCUGGUCUUUGCAAGUUUGGAGCGGGCCGUGGGCACAGAAGCCACCAAUCCACCGGACGGUGCCCAAGACAGAGCCCCUCACCAAAAAGGGCGGCUGUCUUUGCAAGAUACAGCUGAAAUCCAGCACUGCCUGGUCAACGCUGGUGACGUGGGAUGCAGUGUGUUCGAGUGCUUUGAAAACAAUUCCUGUGAGAUCCGAGGCUUACAUGAGAUUUGUAUGACUUUCCUUCACAAUGCUGGAAAAUUUGAUGCCCAGGGGAAAUCUUUCAUUAAAGAUGCUCUGAGAUGCAAGGCUCAUGCCUUACGGCACAGAUUCAGCUGUAUCAGUCGCAAGUGCCCCGCCAUCAAGGACAUGGUCUUCCAGUUGCAGCGAGAAUGCUACCAGAAACAUGAUCUUUGCUCUGCAGCUAAAGAGAAUGUCCAUGUCAUUGUGGAGAUGAUUCACUUCAAAGACUUGCUGCAGCAUGAACCAUAUGUCGACUUAGUGAACAUCCUGCUCACUUGCGGAGAGGAGGUCAGAGAAGCCAUCACACAGAGUGUCCAGGCACAGUGUGAACAGAGUUGGGGGAGCCUGUGUUCUGUCUUGAGUUUCUGCACCUCAGUCCCACAUGGAGAUUCUGCCCUGGAACCUGAGAAGAAACCAAAUGAAAUCUUCAGAUCCCUUGCCAGCCAAGGGGACAUUCUAGUCCAUCCUGAACCUGACUCCAGAAGCACCAGAGGGGAAAGAGGUGGCAGGCUCUCAAUGAAUCCUCACAUUCGGUCUAAACCUGGGAGUCACAAUCCCAAAAUGGCCUAUGGAAUAAUUGAACAGGCCGAAGAACUGUCUGAGUUCUCUGAUAUCCGAAGGUGAAAGGAGGAUACAGUUUUUUCUUCCUCCUCCACUAGAAACGUCCUCCAUUAAGUUCAUCUUCUUAUCUAGGGGCAUUCCAAAAAUAUUUACAGUAUAGAGGGGUGGUGUCAGGCGCAGGACAUUGUGGGAAAUACAGUCAUGUCAUUCUGUAGGUAUUUUAAGCAACAGAGGAAAAUCAAUGGCUAUUAUUGACUGUAUCUAGCAAAUUCAGUCUGUAAAUGCAACAGAACUUUUUCAUUUAAACUAUUUUAUCCCUUCAAGAGAGGACAUAAGGAGAUUGGAUGCAGGGAGUGGUGGUGGUUUGUUUCUUAGUUUAUCAGGGAUAGAAAUUGGACUUGUCUGAAUUUUCAUUUGUCCACUAUAGGCUCAAUAUGUAUAGUAGUUUCAGCAUUCAGUCUCUAGGCAGAAAAUAAUCAGUUUUCUACUCUGUCAGAGGCUAGAGUAGAAGGUGGCUGCUAAAAUGGAGCUUUCCGUUUCAAGCUAAGCAGUUCUGAGCCAUUUGUUUCUGCCUGGGUGAUACCACCUGCCUUAAGGGUUCCUUUAAUUGAUUUGUGUGGAUCACCAGUAACCUUUUCUCCCUAUCAUUAUAGUCUCCUCAGGAAAUCUUGUGAAUACAUAACCAAAUUAUGAACAUGGUGAUUGGAUCUUUUCAACUGCCCUAGUUGGGAGUCAACCUGUAUUUCAGCAGACCUUCAAAAUGCCAGCUGGCUUCUGACUGAAUCAGGUUUCGUAAAUUCGGCGAAUGCAUGCUCCCCCACACUUGCUUAUAUACACAUAGUAUUUUUUGGAGGCUUGAUGAAAACCUCUCUUUUUCUGGCUACUUGAUAGUGGGGGUGGGGAUGGGGGGGGGGGUGGAACAGUGUUUCAAGCCUGACUGAAGUGCCAAAGAAAUAGUAACACUGGUAACUCAAGCACUAUAAAAUUAUUUAAUUAGGUUAGUGAACUGAAAUAAGCUUAAUCUUCAUAACGUUCAAUUCUAAAAACAAUUUUUUAAAAAAUAAGACACAUUUAUUUCUUUUUAAAUUUACUUCCAGUAAGGGUGCGUUGAAUUAUGUCCUAUGUGAUCUAGAAUUAAUACGGCACACUCCACCUUCAGUGUUAAAUGUAUUUAUCAUUUCCUAUGAACGUUCAGGGUAUUGCAGAUAUCAACUGAAAGAAUUUGCUUUUGAAAGAAUAAACAACAAUAGAUCUUAAACCCUAAGAAGCUGAUAAUGGGAGUAAUCAAGUAUAACUUUUCUGCAUCUGAUCAAUAAUUUCCCAUUAACAGAAUUCUAGUUUUAUAGACUGAAGCCCCAAUCCACCUUGAUUUCCUGUGUGCAAGUGAGUCCCUACCAGUUUGAUGUUAGUACAAUUCUGGACAUGCAUACUUAGCCCUGGUGAACAUUUGAAAAGUAGGCCAGAUGGUGGCAAGUGGUUCUUUCUUGGUAAGACUUAUUGGAAGAAGCUUCCAAGAACAAAAAAAAAUUGCACAUGCAGCCAGGAAAUUUUACACUAUUUCUAAGGACAGCAUCCAAUUCAAGUGAUAAUCCUGCUACUCUUGUUGAAGCAACCAAACAGAUGAGGAAUGAUAUAGGCUCUAUGGUUGCACAUCCAGAUAGAGCCGAUUUUUUUAAUUUUUAUUUUCAGCUGUAAAAAAUGGUGACAAAUUAUGGAAGUUGAAAAGCAAAUCCUUAAAAAUGCUGAAUACUUUUGGGGCCACUUAUGCCCCACCACAAUUAAAAACGAAAAAGAUGGGGGAGCCCCCUUUUCUCUCACCUGUAGCAGCAGUGCAGUGCUGAACUCUAAGCUGCAGGAGCUUGUGGAGCUGGGAGGUAGGAAGUAGCAGGCACAGACCUGAAUGCUGGGCUCAAUGUGGAGCUGGGAGGUAACAACGUUGCAUUCAGCGGUGUGUUUGCUGCUUCACAACUUCACAUGAAACUUGGAUGGAGCAUGGAAAAAUGUUUGAAAAACUGAAGAAAAGCCAGUGAGGAGAUUUAAUGGUUAUGUUUUUGGAAAAAUUUCUGGAACUAUUAAACCCAAACCUGAAAAAUACAGGGGGAGGGGGGGGUGCACACCCCUAGUGUGGUUCCCUUAUUAAUCUAAUCCCACCUUUAAAAUAAUCUCAUUGGAGGGUCAUUCAUGACCACAUUACCGUGCAUUUGGAUAUAGGUUAAAAAAAGGCUUACUAGCAGGCUCAUCUCAUUUGACUCCAAUUUGAUCUUUAAUUAGGGCAUAUAGGAGCCAACACACAUGCACACAUCCCCAAUUGAAUAUUUCUGUCAGCAGAUUUCCUCAGUAUGCAUAUAAUUUAUCUUCCUUCAUUCUAGAGAGGUAAAUAUACGUUUCCCCUUUAGUUUAAGGUAAUGAGGAUUGUAUAAAGCCUAUUUUUUCCUCUGAGGUUAAAAAUUGGAUGUAUGUGUUCACCUACUGAUUCCACAUGUUCUUUAAUUGUAAAUAUUUAACGUUUCUAUUUAUUAUAGUGUCUCCAUUUAGAAAGAAUUCUGAGCACUGCUGCCUAAGGUAAUUUAAAUAUAUGUCAGGACCUGUGUUGUAUAUAUUCAUGCCACUAGUAUGUUUUUGUUAUUGUUUAAAAGCAAGGAAAAUAUAAUUUUAUACGUUCCAUAAUGUUAUUGACAGCAUAGAUCAUUUAUUUAUUGUUAACUUUCAUUUCCAACAGAUACGAGUGCAUUUAACCUGAUAGUUCUGUCAAGACAUCUGUAUAGCCUUACCUCUUUGAAAAUUUAAAAUAAAAAUACUGUCUGUUUAAGGCA